AUGGAUGCUUCAUUUUUUGAUGCAGAGGAUAAUCUUUGUCAUUCCUAUCCAGACUAUCCUGAUGCUCCAUGGGCAGAAGCUGAACUUGCUUUUCUUGAUCAACUCGAAACUUUGAGCAUGGCAAACGAAAUUAACGAGGCGACUGAAGAUGACGAAGAAGAUGGAGGAGAUAACGAUGUUGACGAUAUAUAUGAUGUUCAGUCAAUUAAAUCUGAACCCAAUUCGGCAUCUGAGUCUUUAGUAAGCCGUUCCUAUCCUUAA